AUGCCAGGACCGGUAGAAGAGCCAGUGGCGCCCUCCACGAAGGCAAAGGAACCCAUUGACAUCCAGAAGGUCUUCCACUACACCGACCUCGACACCCCUAGGCCCACACGCAUCGAGGACCCCUACGACUACCAAUGGGGCUACGGUAACCGCUUCCAGAGCGAAAUCAUCCCAGGCACACUGCCUGUUGCGCAAAAUCACCCCCAGGUCCCGCGAUUCAACUUGUACACUGAAGGUCUCACGUCGUCGGCCUUCGCAGCAGGCAGACAUGCCAAUGCGAGCACGUACAUGUACCGCUGCCGGCCGUCGGUCGCGAACCAUGGUUUCCAAGAGGGCGUGCUCGAGUCCAAAGCCCAUGUGGAGAGUUGCUUCUUGACCGCCAAUCCCAAGGUCCAGAUGAACCCGUCACAGAUCGAGUGGGCGCCCUUUGAGCUUCCCCAGGAAGGGGAGGAGAUUGAUUUCGUGGAUGGCCUGCACUCGCUGGGUGGCUCUGGGGAUGCCAAUAUGCGCGACGGCCUCGCGCUGCACGUGUUUAUGAUCAAUGCGCCAAUGAAGUGGAGGGCAUUUUUGAACGGAGAUGGCGAGUUUCUGUUAGUCGCCCAGCUGGGCAACCUAGACAUCCAGACUGAAAUGGGCAAACUCUACCUCCAGCCCGGCGAGAUCUGCGUGAUCCCGCGCGGCGUCAAAUUCUGCGUGAACCCAGCGGCCGGCACAGCAGAGGCGCGAGGGUACAUCCUGGAGGUCUGGGGAUCGCGGUUUGAGUUGCCAGACCUUGGUCCGAUCGGAGGAUAUGGAAACGCCAAUGCGCGAGACUUUGCGUAUCCCGUCGCGUACAUGGACGAUAUGGACGAGCUACAUCAGCAGUGGCAUAUCGUCGAGAAGAUCAACGGCGAAUACCAUGCCUUGAUGCAGGACCAUAGCCCGUUCGACGUGGCGGCGUGGCACGGCAACUGCUUGCCUUACAAGUACGACAUGACCAAGUUCGUCGCCCAGGGCAGCACGACUGUCGACCACACAGAUCCCUCGGUCUGGACUCUUUUGACCGCACGCUCCCGCGACCCCAACGUGCCGCUCGUCGACUUCAUCUGGUUCGGCCCGCGCUGGGACGUGGCCAUGAACAGUUUCCGCCUGCCUUAUUUCCACCGCAACGCCGCGAGCGAGUUCAUUGCCAACAUCUAUGGUGCAUCCGGUGGGCGGAGCGCCAACUUCAGACCCGGAGGAGGUGUCUAUGAAGCUGGCUUCACGGCACAUGGCGGGUUCGGGGACAUCUAUGUCCAGGAACGGAGAAAGAAGAGAAACGACCCCAGGAUCUUGUUCCAGGGCAUGAUGACCUUCAUGAUCGAGUCAUCGCGGUCACUGCUCUUCACUGAAUGGAGUCGCAAACACAGCUCCACCGAUGCCACCCCGCCGGAAGUCUGGGACACGGUGCCGGACCAGUUCUCCACUGAUCCCAAGGUGCGCGCUCUUCUGCAACGGGUGAAGAAACAGAAGGCGGAGAGGAAGGCGGAGGACGAGGCGUAUUAUGAUGACGAGCGGAUAGCGGAGCUUGUGGGCAAAGUCGCGGUAGCUGAGCAGAAUGGGACGCAUGGGACAGAGUCGGUGAAUGGGAACGGGACAGAUUCGGUGAAUGGGAAUGGGACAGAGUUGACAAACGGGACUUCGGUGCAACAGUCUGCAGAACCGGUUGCCGCUAGCUUCUGA